AUGCAGAUUGGUGGUAGUGAUGCUCCAGGUUUAUCUAUGUCUGAAUCUCCAGACAAUAUUGAUUAUGAAAAAUCCUUUUCAUCAAUUUCGGAUGAUUCAAUAUCUUUUAAACAAAAAGCUGAAGAUAUUUUACAUUCGAUUGGAUUUCGUGCAAUGAUAUUUUUUCAAAUAUUAGCAUAUGGAUCAUAUUCA